AUUUGGGAUUUAGCUGAUCAAGAUGGCAAAGGUAUCCUGAACAAACAGGAAUUUUUUGUGGCUUUGCGACUUGUGGCCUGUGCACAGAAUGGAUUGGAUGUUUCCCUGAGUAGUCUUAAAUUGCCUGUUCCUCCACCUAGAUUUAGUGAUACCAGCAGUCCAUUGCUGAUCAGUGGAACAGCUUCAGCUGAUGUCCCUUGGGCUGUCAAGUUGGAAGACAAGGCCAAGUAUGAUGCUAUUUUUGACAGUCUGAAUCCUGCGAAUGGAUUAUUAUCGGGUGAGAAGGUGAAACCUGUACUGCUAAACUCCAAACUACCAGUGGACAUACUAGGAAGAGUUUGGGAACUAAGUGAUAUUGACCAUGAUGGAAUGCUGGAUCGAGAUGAGUUUGCAGUUGCCAUGUUCUUGGUGUACUGUGCUUUGGAGAAGGAACCAGUGCCAAUGUCCUUGCCCGCAGCUUUGGUGCCACCUUCUAAGAGAAAAAUUGUCAGUAUUCCAGGAUCAAUGCCAUUCAUUCCACCUUCAGCAUCUGCUAAAGAGUCUCAUCAGUCCUUGCCAUCUGUAGGCAUGUUACCUGGCAAGGCACCCCUCACACAGUGGGUUGUAUCACCUGCAGACAAAAUCAAAUACGAUGAGAUUUUCCUGAAAACUGACAACGACAUGGACGGCUUUGUCUCUGGUGUGGAAGCUAGAGAGAUAUUCUUAAAGACAGGACUGCCUUCUGCCUUACUUGCACAUAUCUGGGCCCUUUGUGACACACAUGACUGUGGAAAGCUUUCAAAGGAACAGUUUGCUUUGGCUUUCCAUUUAAUCAAUCAGAAGUUAACAAAGGGCAUUGAUCCUCCUCAGGUUUUGACUCCAGAGAUGAUUCCUCCAUCAGACAGGGUCAGCUUACAGAAGUUUCGACUGUUUUUUCCAUUCUGCACCACUCUGCUUUACAUCUUUAUUAUUCUGUCAGUUUCUUAACUCUGCUUUCUCAAGAGCACUCCGGGACCGAGUCCUGUGGCAGAUUUUUCUGCAAUUAAAGAGCUUGAUACUUUAAACAAUGAAAUAGUUGACCUGCAGAGGGAAAAGAAUAACGUGGAACAGGAC